UCAGCCUGACUGAAGAGGCUACUUUGGAGCCACAUAAACACAUUCUCAGAUUCAGCGUUGCGCUGUCAGCCUGCCUCCGACGCGGACGUCUCUCUAAUCAGAGAGUGAGGAGAAAAGGAGAGAGAGAGAGAGAGAGAGAGAGAGAGAGUAAAAGGGAGAGAGACCUAAGGAGAGAGAGCACAACCACCAAGCAAAGCAUCACUGCUGCUUCUUGCCUACAUCCCUCUUUCUUCAGACGAAAAAAAGGCGCUUCUGUCUCGCAGCAUCACACACUCCAUUUCUUCAAGCUCGAGAGAGAAAACACAAGCAAUCUGGCUGCGGGAGAGAAAUAAAGGCAUGAUUAGAAUGCAGCUGACCGUUUGAAGAAGAAAAAAAAAAACAAAAGGAGGGAGCCUGGAGACGAGAGGGUUUAAAUGAAUGAAGCAGUGUCCUUCCAGCAGCAUGUGGAGGGAAUAGCAGUCUAAGCAGGAACAGAGGCUGAGGCAGCACGUCUUCCCCACAUCCCUCUCUCCCGCGGCCAAUUCAAGAACUUUGCAGAGAUGGGCUCUGAACUUGGCCGCCAGUGAAUAAUUGAUAUCGGACACUUACAAGAGAAUAAAGAAGCAUUUACUCAGUCCGCCUGCUCCGAGGACGUGACUGGACACGUGGUGUGGAUACCAGCAGCUGGCCCUUGGAGCCCCACACCAGCUCGGCUCCUUUGAAGACUGCACCCUCUACGUCCUUCCCCACAGUACACGCCAUCCCCCCCCCCCCCCCCACUCUCUUCUGCCCCCUCACUUGUUACAAGCAUGUGUGGGGAUUAAGGCUUGGGAUUACUGAAGUGUCCACAUCGUUUAUGGGAAGAAGGACACGCCGUUGUUUGUUUUGUGAUCUGCUGUAUGAGAUGAUCUGGGCAGUGAUGACUUGCUGCAUGAUCUCCAGGAAGCAGCCUCUGCAGCUGCGCCUGAAACAUACACCUGUCCAGCACUUAUAACCACAGCCUUUAACUCCCUCUUCCAAGUAAUGACCAGGCAUAGAACCAACCCUGGAGAUGCCGAAGAGAAGAGACAUUCUUGCCAUCGUGUUAAUCGUGUUACCGUGGACCCUGCUCAUCACUGUGUGGCACCAGAGUGCUAUCGCCCCCCUGCUCGCCAUCCGAAAGGCCUGUCACCAUCUAGUAAAAGAGAUCUUUAUCAUACCAGAGUGGCUAAUGGUCCAGCGGCAGCGUCUGGCAGAUGAUGGAGCGGAAGCCAGGCGCGAGGCAGGUCCUGCCACUGACUCCAAGGAGUACUGCUCCCCCGACAAGGACAUAGUGGAGGUGGUGCGCACAGAGUACGUCUACACCAGACCACCACCGUGGUCUGACGUGCUGCCCACCAUCCAUGUCAUCACCCCUACGUACAGCCGGCCAGUGCAGAAAGCUGAGCUCACACGGCUGGCCAACACCUUCCUCCAUGUGCCCAACCUGCACUGGAUCCUGGUAGAGGACUCUCAGAGGAGAACCCCGCUGGUGACGAGGCUGCUGAGGGAGACAGGGCUAAACUACACACACCUCAAUGUGGAGACCCCACGCAACUACAAGCUGAGAGGAGACACGAGAGACCCCAGGAUCCCACGGGGAACCAUGCAAAGGAACCUGGCUUUGAGAUGGCUCAGAGAGACCUUCAGCCCCAACAGCAGUCAGACUGGCAUUGUCUACUUCGCAGAUGAUGAUAACACAUACAGCCUGGAGCUUUUCGAGGAGAUGCGUUCCACUCGUAAGGUCUCCGUUUGGCCUGUGGCAUUCGUCGGAGGUUUGCGGUACGAGUCACCCAAAGUCAAUGCUGCUGGCAAGGUCUAUGGAUGGAAAACAGUGUUUGACCCUCACCGGCCCUUCGCCAUUGACAUGGCAGGUUUCGCCAUCAACCUGCGGCUCAUUCUUUUCAAACCCCAAGCCUACUUCAAGCUGCGGGGGGUCAAGGGGGGCUACCAGGAGAGCAGCCUCCUCAGAGAGCUAGUCACUCUAAACGAUCUGGAACCUAAAGCUGCCAAUUGCACUAAAAUUCUUGUGUGGCACACACGGACAGAAAAGCCCGUCCUGGUGAACGAAGGCAAGAAAGGCUUCACAGAUCCAAAUGUGGAGAUCUGACAUCCACUUGAGCUCUGGCACUUGGCUAAACCGAGGCCCUGCAAGAACAUCCAAGAGACAGUACCUCAGAACCAAACCUUCAUAAAAAUAAUUCUUGUUCCUAGUUAUGGCUAAAUACAGUUAAUGUUCCAGAGAGGUAUCUUUCAAAGCACAGAUUGGUUAAACAAGGCAAUAUUUCUCAGUAUUUUGUACGUAUAAGCAUCAAAAAGCAGAUAACGCUCGUGACAGAAACAAGAAAGUAAACAAUGGCGCAUCUGUAUGAUGAUGCCCCCCCCCAUCAUCUGCUCAUAGGAGACAGCACAGCAUGGAGCCAGAGAGAUUGCACACUCGACUAGCUGAUGAUUCCAUGCACUUCUUCCCAGCACACGGUGCCCUGCCUGUGCCAGGAGCGUAAUAACUGUAGAAAGAGCCCUGAAUACAACUCUAAAGGACAGAAUGACUGGAGUGUAUCUGCACGGAUGGAAAGGAGAGGAAACAGCUUCAAGUGUUCAGAUUUGGUCUGGAAUGGAACUUUUAACAAAUCUCCCACAGACUGGACUCUUUUCAGAAACUAAUGCAUACUUAGAAGGGAAUGUGUUCUUUUUUUUUACAUAACAAGAAAUCUACCUUUAAUUUAAUGUUUUGUUGUUUGCGUUGCUAGCUGAAAACUACUGAAUUGGUUUUGGAUUCUUGUUGCCUCAACUGAAAUACAAGUCCUGAAAGUGUUUUCAAA